AUGAGCUCUCCUACCGAGAGCACAAGCGGGGGCACGUGGAGUUCAAACGAGCACAAUUCCAAAAACCGACGCCGGAAUAAAAAACUGAAGAAGCGCAGCCCCGAGCUCAGCGCCUCGAACAACUCUCUUUCCGGUGAUGCCAGCAACUCCGCGGUAGGCCGUGCAACCCCUCCCCCCCCCUCGAAGGAAGCCCCUUUCGUCUACACCCAUCCGAAACCUCAGGUGAUUACGGGCGCGUUGUUUAUGUGGGAAGGGGUGGCGAGCUUCUGCGAGCCGAGCCAGGUCUGCGAGCUGGAGCGCCUCUCCAAAGAUGUGGCGGCGCACCUGGCGGAGUCGAACACGUCAAACCGCCUGAUGCAGCGCUACUGGAAUGCGCAGUGGUCGAGGCUGAUAUGGGAUGAUGACCUCAUAUCCCAUGAGAAGCGCUUUAUCCUGCCUUCCUCGCUCCCUCGGAGCAAGGGGAGGGUGAAUUGGAAGAAGUGCUUCGUGGAGGAGUAUCCGUUAUGGCUACAGCGCACGAUCAUGGGUAAGGGUAAGAACGACCGCGACUAUGACGUCUCCAAGGUGCUUUUCCGCCGUGAGAUGCUUAAUGCACACCUGUCAGCCGAGGAAUUGGCGGCGAUGGAGCUCACAGUUGAGGAGGCCAUGCACAAAGCCAUGUCUAAACGCGGAAUUGAGGUAAGUAAUAAUGGUGAGGUGGAUCCAAAAUAUUUAUUGGAGGAUCAAAAAUACGUUAAAAAGUCCCUGAAGCGUCGUGGUGAGGGUGGUUCUAAUGGUACUGCGAGCCCGCUAUUAGGCAAGGGCCGCAGCUGCCUUAACCUUUGCGACCGACCUUCCCAAGAAAGUCUCACCCGUGAGGACUACCAGUUUGACCAUCGGCAGGGUUCCAGAAAGGGCAAGCACAAGAAAGGGAUGGAACAUAAAUGGAGCAGCUUUGACAACUUUGGGGACUAUGAUUAUUAG